GCAAUCUUAUCGCUUCUUAUCACAAAAUGCAUAUCGUAUGAUAUAGGGAAGGGGUAGUGAUUAGGGGACCGGUCCCAGAGGAUGUUCAAAUUUCAACCAACCCAACCGACAGGUGAGUUGACGUUCGAAGCCCGCCCAACACAGAGGUACUCCGACGCCGCCCCAGGAUCGCCAUCGAAGUAGUGGAACGAAUAGAGCCAGCCAGAAACCAGCGCCACCAGAGUGACAACGAACCAUGGAUCCUCCUUCCUAUGAACAGAUCGAUCGUCCGGUGCCGGGGGCCUACCCACAGCAGCAACCGGCCUCGUUGCAAACGACGGUGAUCGUGACAAGUCCACAGGUUGGUCCAGAUCCGACGACCAUCAUUUGUCCGUCGUGCCGGGCGACGGUUGUGACACGGUUGGAGUACGAAACCACCACCAAGACGCACCUGUGUGCCGGUUUACUGUGUUUGUUCCUGUGCUGGCCCUGUGCCUUUGUGCCAUACUGUUCGACGGCGUGUCGCGAUGCGAACCAUUACUGCCCCAACUGUGGAUCUUUCAUCGGAUCUUAUCGGAAGUAGAAAUCAUUCCUCCCCACGGCACCCUUUGUCAAGUGCUUGUGCGAACUGAUGUGCCUGACGGACCGUCGAUUCCCGAUUGGAGAAGCCUCCUGGUUGCGAAACGGGCUAAAAAUCAAUUCAAAUACCGUGGUGUGUAAUGUGGUGGUUGAUAAGAUAUCGUGAAUCAACUGCGGCGGGAGCACGAAUCGACAGACGUUAGCUGUUUUCGGAAUUUCCGAUAAAUUUCCCAUUCGAAAGCCCAAAAUGCAGCCGGAGCUCUACGGUGGGUUGAAUGCGUCAAAUGCGUGUUAGGUUAAUGUGAGUUUACGGUGUUAUCGUGUGUUAAAUCGAGAUAAAUAAACCAUUAUACUUAUUCACA